AUGAGGAGCCAGCAGCAGCAGUUCCAACAGUAUAAGCAAAAGGCCAAAAAUAUCAGCAAUGCUAACGAAUUGUUACCGGGGUUGAACGAUAUUUCAGAUGCAUUCGAAGCAUUACCAUUGGAUUUGAUCAAAUAUUUCACACUUCUCAAAGAAAUCGACGCCAAAUACAUCAAUACGGUGCCGGUGAUCAAUAGGAAUAUCAAGAGCUACAUUGAUAGGUUACAUAUCACCAAGAAUAGCCCACCGGGGAUGAAGGAGAUGAACAAACCGACCAAGAUCGACAAGUUGACGGUGAUAAGGGACAAAAUACACGAGAUUAUUCCGUGUUUGGAGGAGAAGAUGCACGUAACGUCAGUUGCGACGGAUUUGUUGCACAAGCAUCUUUAUAGGAUCAAUGCGGACUACAAGUUGAUUGUGAACAACAAUGAGAUUCCGGAGUCGAUUAGAAUUGGGCCGUUGAACCACCCAGCAAUGAUUAUGGAUUCUGCGGGCCCGGUGGAUGCCAACGGGAACUUGUCGGCACAAUCACAGAGAAGCGAGAGCAGAAGAGAGGCGCUUGCAGCCAAGAAGGCGCAUAAGGACCAUUACGACGACGAUGAGCCAAAAAAGAGAAAGGCUAUGGGCAACAAGGAAGUUUCACCAUCGAGUGAUGUUCCACUGGCAUCGAAGCUGGCAUCUAACUCGAAAAAACGGUCUAGAAAGGAUCCAGAGGAGAUGUCGUCGAGAUCCGAUACUCCGUCCAUGUCGACAGUGCUCAAUGGCCCCAACAAGAAGAGAAACACCACGAAGCCUAAAAAGGACGAUAAGGAUGUCAGUAACGACGUCGUACACCCAGGCCCCAGCCAUACCUCUGCUAACAGCAGCGAACCAACGUACUGCUACUGUAACCAGGUCUCGUUUGGUGAAAUGGUGGGGUGCGACGGUGACGAUUGUAAGAGAGAAUGGUUCCAUUUACCGUGCAUCGGCUUCAAAAACCCGCCAAAGGGAAAAUGGUACUGUGACGACUGUCUCAUGAAAAUGAAGAAGCUCAGGAAGGUAUAA